GAAUAUUAUAGAAAGAGAAGAGAAAAACCUAAAAUCCAUCUUCGUUGUCGUUUCGUCUGCUUCACAUCGGAAAGCUACAUCUUUUUCGUUUUUUGUGGUGGCGAUUUCUAUUCUCCGGCUGAAACCUACCUUCAGGAUUCAGCCUUUCUCAGGUCGCAAACUCGGUGUUCAUAACCUAAGUUUUGGAACGAACAAACUUGUGUUUGCUGGCUUGCUUGAGAAUUAACUUGUAAUCAGGCUCUAUGCUCUUAUUUUAGUAGUUCUAUUUGCAUGUGAAGUACUAGUAGGAUCAGAAAGUCUUUCUAUAGUAGAUUGUUUUAUGUUCUUAAGCUGUGAAGCCUUGAUCCUAAGAGUAAUUGUAUCAUUGUCUUGGGCUGUUAUGAAUUCCUGGUAUUUGCAAGUUUACUGUGAGUUGUUACACACGUUUUUGUUGCUUGGUCAGACCAGAUGACUAACUACUUAAAAUCAUGAAUAUCACUAUAUUGAAAAUAUCAUAUUCGAUUUUUCAUAGGAGUUUUGUUGCAUUUUACCUCCAGGAUAUAUAACUAACUAAUGUAUGAUUUACAUUUAAGCAUCACCAGUGAGAGCCUUUGUUCUGAUCUUUGUUCUGAUCUUUGUUCUUUCUGAUGUUAUGUGGCUGCUUGUGCCUUGUGCAGGUUUUCAGUUGGAUUCAGAUAGCAGCUUGUACUUCUUCUAGAUAAUCGGCGACACAUAUGGAUGAUUGGGAGGCCGAGGACUUUCAACCACUUCCCUCAAAAGUUGAACUGAAAAGUAACUGGGAUGAUGAGGAUGUGGAUGAGAAUGAUAUCAAGGACUCGUGGGAGGAGGAAGAUGUAUCUGCUCCGCCACCUAUAGUAAAGCCUGCUUCUGAGAAGGCUCCAAAGAAACCAGCAGUAAAAGCUGUUGAAAAGAAGGUUAAAACUGUUGAAGCUCCGAAAGGAACAUCAAGGGAAGAACCUCUAGAUCCUAUUGCUGAGAAACUUCGCAUGCAGAGGCUUGUAGAGGAAGCUGAUUACCAAUCAACUGCUGAACUCUUUGGAGUAAAGACUGAAGAGAAAAGCGUCGAUAUGUUAAUUCCGAAGUCUGAAAGCGAUUUCUUGGAUUAUGCUGAGUUGAUAUCUCAGAGACUUGUACCAUUUGAGAAAAGCUUUCACUAUAUCGGGCUACUCAAAGCAGUGAUGAGACUUUCUGUGGCUAAUAUGAAAGCAGCAGAUGUUAAAGACGUUGCUUCGUCCAUUACAGCUAUAGCAAAUGAAAAAUUGAAGGCGGAGAAAGAAGCUGCUGCUGGCAAAAAGAAGUCAGGUAAGAAGAAACAACUUCAUGUUGAUAAGCCUGAUGAUGAUCUUGUUUCGGGUCCUUAUGAUGCCAUGGACGAUGAUGAUUUCAUGUGAGAAAAUGGCAAUUUUGGAGAUUGCAUUUUACCUCCUAUAGGAUUGUAACUGAGAAGAGGUUUAAAUCGUCGGCGGUUUUUUGUUUUGUAUACUGAAUUGCAAAAGUGUUUUUCUUCUGUUUUCUUUGCUCGGUUUGAUUUAAAAAUUUGUGUAAUAAGAUUUGUUGUGGGCACACUAUUUCCUAUUAUAUGAAUUGAACGAGUACUAAGAGCACGGCCUAUGAUUCACUUAGAAUUUGAAGCCACAUUAGUAAGAUAAGUUUUCGAUAAUG